UACAUAGAUAUUACGUUAGGCAUUUAUCAAUAGAAAAUGGCAGGACUCAUCCAAGAAUUUCAGGAAAAUGAAUUACAUAAUGCUGGUUUUAUCUGUCCAAUAUGUCUUGAAAUAUUCACGAAUCCGGUAAUAUUAUCUUGUGGGAACAACCACGUGUAUUGUGAGGAAUGUGUGCGACCGUACCAACACAUGUCUGAACCAGAAUGUCCGCAGUGCCGGCGGCCAUUCAGACUUGACCAAAUGUACCAAGCCCGGGACCUGAUGAAUCAUCUCUGCUCAGCUGUGUCAAGAUGCAAAUGGUGUGGCGUGAAGCUCACAUUACCAGACUUAAAAUCACAUCUCAAAAUAUGUCCUCAACGAGACACCUCAAUCCAACAGUUCAGGCCUAUUGGCAGCACCUCACAAGCAAUUCCAAGUAAUUUACCAAAUCGACUGACCUUCCAGUGUCCGUUGUGUGACCAGCAAAACCUCACCUGUAAAGAUCUUGUCCAACACUGCAAUGAACGCCACAGGAAGGUCAAAACCAACAUGGUUUGUCCAGUAUGUAAGGCAAUGCCAUGGGGAGACCCAAACCUACAGAGCUCAGAUUUCCUUCAGCACCUAAAUAUCCGACAUAAGUUUGAGUACGACACUUUUGUGGAUUAUGAGCAAGACGAUGAAGAAAUGCUGCGACAAGCAAUCGAGGCAUCAAUGAAACAGUACUAAUGCUGUUGUUAGAAAUCUCGCUGUCUGUGAUACUGUAUAAUAUGCAUUAUUGAUGAGAUUUUUGUGAUCACCUUGACAACAUCUGACCGUAAAUAUUUAUCAAACUUGUUUGCAUUGGGUUAACAGGUCCUUGAAUGUGUGGAAAAUAUUCCUGCUGUCACUGUCGCCGUUUACCACAGUUCCUAGAAAGAUUGGAAGAGCAUGACAAAUUGUGUAAAUAAAUUUAUUUAUAAUAAUAUCUUG